AAUCCCUAUCCCAAUCUCACAUGUAAGUAUUUUCUUUCCAACUUUCUCUGAAACCAAACACCCACUCUCCCUAUCUCCACCGCCGAUGGCAUCAGCCGCGAAAUCCCUGAUGCAAACCCUAAGACGUUACAUAAAGAAGCCAUGGGAGAUCACCGGACCCUGCGCUCACCCAGAGUACAAGGACGCCGUCCCCAAAGCCACCGAGUACCGCGUCUUCUGCCCCGCCACCGUCCCCGUGAAGGCAAUUAUCCCAAGCUCCGAUCCGGAAACCGUGUACGACAUCAAGUACUUCUCUCGCGAUCAGCGCCGAAACCGCCCUCCUGUUCGACGAACAGUCUUGAAGAAAUCUGAUAUCGAGAAGAUGAUGAAGGAGACCACUUUCGAUGUCAAUGACUUUCCCAGGCCUUAUUUGACUUCUACGAUUGAGGAGGAUUUGGAUGCCAUUGGCGGAGGUUACCAGAAAUGAGGUUUGUGGGCUGCACAGCGGGCCUGAUUAUCAAUAAAUGUACUGUUUCAAAUUGUCACCUAACUGCCAUGCUAGGGGAAGCUUUUAUGCCUGGUAGUUUUUCUGUACCAAUGCUUGCAGUGUUUAUUUACUUUUUGAUCAUUGUUUAUCAAGUUGUUGGGCUACAUCUAAAUGAAACAACUAGGUUAUUGGUUUGGAACUUGAAAGUCUUCCAUUAGUCGUUUAUUUGAAUAAGGAUUUUGGCCUUCUGUUUUAUAUCGUCCAUGUUACAUAAACGACUAAUGCUACAAUAAUCAUCUAUUUCUACCA